AUGGUUUCAUCACCAGCUAAAAUUCCCAAGAUUGAUGAAGUUGUAAUUGAUCUUACUGAUGAAAAAAAGCUGGUCAUUGAUAGACUUAUAUCUGGGUCAGGAAAACUAGAUGUUGUCGCAGUUGUUGGCAUGGCUGGACUCGGCAAGACAACUUUAGUCAGGAGGGUAUACAACGAUCCUUUAGUUACAUAUCACUUCCACAUUCAAGCAUGGUGUUGUGUCUCCCAAGCAUAUCAGAAAAGAGAAUUGCUUCUUCAGAUUUUAAGUGACAUCGUGGAACUUACUGAUGAUGUCCUCGAAAUGAGUGAUGAAGAAUUAAAGCUCAAGUUGUACCGAUGCCUGAGGAGAAAUAGGUACCUCAUUGUUAUGGACGAUAUCUGGAGCAUUGAGGCAUUGUAUGAUUUUAAAAGAUCAUUUCCAAAUGACGACAAUGGAAGCAGAAUACUGAUCACGAGCCGUCACUUUCAUGUGGCUGCAGAAGAUGAAGUAGAUGGUACUCCUCAUUCUCUUCGGCGACUCUCUGAUGAUGAAAGUAGGAAGCUAUUACAGAAGAAGUUGUUCGACACAAAAGAGUGCCCCAAUGAACUGAUGGAAGUUGGAGAGCAAAUUGCUGCAAGCUGUAAAGGACUCCCUCUUGCAGUUAUUGCAAUAGCUGGUCUCCUUGGAAGGACGGACAUGAUACUCGAUAGGUGGAAAGAAGUUUUAGAAAGUAUAUGCUCACAGACUACCGAUGAUCCUGAAAUGAGGUGCAUGGAGAUCUUAGACAUAUGCUACAGGUAUUUACCCAACUAUUUGAAACCUUGCUUUCUUUAUACUGCAGUAAUUUUGGAGGAUAAAGACAUUCCAGUUAAGAAGUUGGCAUGGUUAUGGAGAGCAGAAGGAUUUUUAACAGAUACAGGAGCAGAAAGCAUAGAAGAUAUUGCAGAGGGGUACUUGAGGGAUCUGAUUGGAAGAAGCCUCCUCCAAAAUGGGUAUGACGAACUUUUUUAUUCUUCUCACGAGGAUAUAGACUAUGGUGUUGAUCCCAAUUACAUUUAUCCCAAAAACUCUAUCAAAUACCAAAAACGUCGGUUAUGUAUCUGCUCCAAGAGAAAUCAUUUUAUCAUGUCAAGACCUUCUGGGCCAUAUGUGCGCUCUCUGCUGUACUCUGCCACCAAUGAUUUGUAUCCAAGAUGUCCCUAUGACAUCUCCUUCAUUUUUGACAACUUUAAACUUCUCAGAGUGCUGGAUUUGGAAUGCAUCAAUAUGGGGGAUUCUUUCCCCACUGGAGUACUAGUGUUGGUUGGUCUGAGAUUUUUAGCUCUUUGUGGUGAUAUAGAUAGUAUUCCAGCAUCAAUAACAUUUCUCCAGAAUCUUGAAACCUUGCUUGUGAAGGGGUUGAAAGGUAAUGUAUCACUACCUUAUGCUAUGUGGAGCAUGGAAAACUUGAGGCAUGUCCAUGUAAAAAAUUAUGCUGUCAUCACCUUGCAAGAUGGUGAAAGCAUAGUUUUCCCAGAUGUACUUAAUCUGGUUAGUCUUUCAUCUCCAUAUCUCCUUUGUAGUAAAGGUAUAGAGGAUAUCAUGAGGAGGUUGCUCAAACUUCGGAAACUGAAAUGUCGAUUUUCUGAAUUACGGGAUGAUACUGGGAAGUCCAAUCAAUUUCCAGUGCUGAAUUUUCUCACUGAGCUUGAGUCCCUCAAUAUGCUCUACUCAGGCAGGGUUGCUAGUCCUUGUAAGUUUGACUUCCCAUCGAAUCUUAGGAAGUUAACUCUAUCAAAGUUUCGACUGCCAUGGGAUUGUAUUUCGGACAUUGGGAGAUUACCUAACCUUGAGAUUCUAAAAUUACAGUAUAAAGCCUUUGAGGGGAAAGUGUGGGAAAUGAAAGAAGGCGAGUUCCUUAAACUGAAAUUUUUGAAGCUCGACAGCCUAAACAUUGCUGAAUGGAAUGCCUCCAGUGAUCACCUGCCACAACUUCAACACCUAAUUUUGAAAAGUUGCAAGCAGCUCAAGGAGGUCCCCUCUGGUUUUGGUGGAAGUUCUACUCUGGAGAUGAUUGAGGUCCUAUUGUGCACAGGCUCUCUUGAGGAGUCUGUGAGACGGCUCCAGGAGGAACAACCUGACAUGCGGAAUAAGCUGACGGUCCUUGUUGAUUGUUCAGACUUGGACUUUUGA